AACUGUGAGACCUGCAACAAGCCGCUGUGGAGCGUCUUCAAACCGCCACCGGCCAUCGAGUGCCGCCGCUGUCACAUCAAGUUCCAUAAAGACCAUUUGGACAAAAAAGAAGAAGUUUUUGUUCCCUGCAAAGUGAACUAUGACAUGUCCACGGCCAGAGACCUGCUGGUGCUAACCAGCUCCAAAGAGGAGCAGCAGCACUGGAUCAGCCACCUCCUCAAACGGAUCCCGAAGAAACACCCGUUAAGGAGUCCUCCGGCGCAGAUCAACCCCGUGGACACGCAGCUCCACUCUCCUCCACGACCCUCCCCACACUUUUCACCGAGAAACUCUCCUCAGUUAUCGAGCCAUCGGAGGGCCAUCCGGGUCCAGUCCAACAGGCAACAGCAAGCUUCCGGGAAGAGCAGGUCAGGAAUCUCUGGGGGUUUUUCUUCUUCUUCCUGUUAACCCUUUAACACUGGAGGUGUCACCAGUGACACUUAAACACAAAAUAUUUAACAAACUCUCAGCCAGCACAAC